AUGGGAAAGUUCUUCGGUACAGGUGUGAUUUUAGCCACGGCAUUUGUGCACAUGUUACCUGAAGCACUGGAAAAUUUCGAUAGUCCUUGUCUCAGCGAGGGAUGGAAAAGUUAUGGUUCAUUUGCCGGUGUAUUUUGUAUGCUUUCAUCUUUUGCACUUCAGCUUUUAGAACUCGCUGCUCUUUCCAACAUUGAACGUAUUCGUGCUCGAAAAUUAGAGGAGAAUCAAUGUAACGAUAUCGAAAAACUUGGCUACAAGACCAAGUCCUCAUCCUCAUCUGAAUCCACCGCCCGUAAUUCACCUGUUGAUCCACGUUUAGUUGUUGAUGAUCACGAAGGUCAUGUUCAUAGUGCCGGUCUCUUUGAAGAAGGAGAUCCAUUAAAACAUAUUGGUACAUUGAUCCUGGAAUUGGGUAUUGUCAUGCAUUCCAUCAUUGUCGGUAUCACACUGUCCAAUACAGGUACCGACGAAUUCAUCACACUCUUGAUCGCACUUGUCUUUCAUCAGUUUUUUGAAGGUGUGGCCUUGGGUACGCGUAUUAAUGAUAUGAAUAUCGCAGGCUGGCGUCGACCUGCUCUGAUGGGCACUUUAUUCAUGAUCAUGACCCCCAUUGGUUGUGCCAUUGGUAUCGGUAUCCAUUCCUCUUUCAACCCUAAUUCCAGUUCUUCUGUGCUCGCUAGUGCUAUCCUCGACUCUUUAUCGGCUGGUAUUCUACUCUACAAUGCCUAUAUCUCCUUAAUGAGCCAAGAUAUCAACCAAAAUGUCGAGUUCCGUCAAUCUCCUUUCACUCGUAAAUUCAUUUGUUUCAUGUCCAUGUAUUGUGGUGCGGGUUUGAUGGCUUUGCUUGGUAAAUGGGCAUAA